GCGGCAGUGCACCGGGGAGCGAGGCGCGGCGGCGGCGAGGAGCGGGAGGAGGGGCAUGGAGCCGCCGCGGGCCUGCUGAGCACCGGAGCGCGGGCAGCCGGCGGCACGAUGCCGGUGCAGCUGACGACAGCCCUGCGUGUGGUGGGCACCAGCCUGUUUGCCCUGGCAGUGCUAGGUGGCAUCCUGGCAGCUUAUGUGACAGGCUACCAGUUCAUUCACACGGAAAAGCACUACCUGUCCUUCGGCCUGUACGGUGCCAUCCUGGGCCUGCACCUGCUCAUCCAGAGCCUGUUUGCCUUCCUGGAGCACCGGCGCAUGCGGCGGGCAGGCCGGCCGCUGAAACUCCCCUCCCCGUCAAGGCGCUCGGUGGCACUGUGCAUCGCCGCGUACCAGGAGGACCCUGACUACUUGCGCAAGUGCCUGCGCUCUGCCCAGCGCAUUGCCUUUCCUGACCUCAAGGUGGUCAUGGUUGUGGAUGGCAAUCGCCAGGAGGACGCCUACAUGCUGGACAUCUUCCAUGAGGUGCUUGGCGGCACCGAGCAAGCUGGCUUCUUUGUGUGGCGCAGCAACUUCCAUGAGGCGGGUGAAGGGGAGACGGAGGCCAGCCUGCAGGAGGGCAUGGAACGUGUGCGGAAUGUGGUGAGAACCAGCACCUUCUCCUGCAUCAUGCAGAAAUGGGGAGGCAAGCGAGAGGUCAUGUACACGGCGUUCAAGGCUCUUGGCGAUUCGGUGGACUACAUUCAGGUUUGUGACUCUGACACUGUGCUGGAUCCAGCCUGCACCAUCGAGAUGCUUCGAGUACUAGAGGAGGACCCCCAAGUAGGGGGAGUUGGAGGAGAUGUACAAAUCCUCAACAAGUAUGACUCGUGGAUCUCCUUCCUGAGCAGUGUGCGGUACUGGAUGGCCUUCAACGUGGAGCGGGCCUGCCAGUCCUACUUCGGCUGUGUGCAGUGUAUUAGUGGGCCUUUGGGCAUGUACCGCAACAGCCUCCUCCAGCAAUUCUUGGAGGACUGGUACCAUCAGAAGUUCCUAGGCAGCAAGUGCAGCUUUGGAGAUGACCGCCACCUCACCAACCGAGUCCUGAGCCUUGGCUACCGGACUAAGUAUACAGCGCGCUCCAAGUGCCUCACAGAGACUCCCACCAAGUACCUCCGGUGGCUCAACCAGCAGACCCGCUGGAGCAAGUCUUACUUCCGAGAGUGGCUCUACAACUCUCUGUGGUUCCAUAAGCACCACCUCUGGAUGACCUACGAAUCGGUGGUCACAGGUUUCUUCCCCUUCUUUCUCAUUGCCACGGUCAUACAGCUUUUCUACCGAGGCCGCAUCUGGAAUAUUCUCCUCUUCUUGCUGACAGUGCAGCUGGUGGGCAUUAUCAAGGCUACCUAUGCCUGCUUCCUUCGGGGCAAUGCAGAAAUGAUCUUCAUGUCCCUCUAUUCCCUUCUGUAUAUGUCCAGCCUCCUGCCAGCCAAGAUCUUUGCCAUCGCUACCAUCAACAAGUCUGGCUGGGGCACCUCUGGCCGAAAAACCAUUGUGGUGAACUUCAUUGGCCUCAUCCCUGUGUCCAUCUGGGUGGCAGUCCUUCUAGGGGGACUGGCCUACACAGCAUAUUGCCAGGAUCUGUUCAGUGAGACAGAGCUGGCGUUCCUGGUCUCUGGGGCCAUCCUGUAUGGCUGCUACUGGGUGGCCCUCCUCAUGUUGUAUCUGGCCAUCAUUGCCCGGCGAUGUGGGAAGAAGCCAGAGCAGUAUAGCUUAGCUUAUGCUGAGGUGUGACACAGCCCCCAAGCGGAGUGGGAAAAGUGCAAUGGGUAAGGGAGGGAAGGGGAAUGGAAGAGAAAAGAUGGGGUGGGAGGGAAGUGGUAGUGCUGUUUUAGUUCGUUAACAGUCCAAAGGACAAAUCUGAAGUGCAAAGAAUGGUGACUGAACUAUGGUCUGGGGCAGUUCUGCUUAGAGGCAACACCUUUCCAGCUCAAGGGGUGACCUGUUUGCAUGCCACCUGUCUGCUGGCCUCUGGGAAAGAUCCCACUUCCUCCCCCGGGGAUCCAAAGGAACCCAGAAGUGUGCUAAACCAAUUUGUUCCCAUCAGUGGCAACUUCUGAUAGGUAAGUGGGCAAUGACAGCCUAUGGGAAGGAGUUCUCUUAGCCCAUCUGAACACCACCAGAGGUGGUGGGAGAAUUUGAGAGAUCUGGGCUGGCUAGUAAUGUGUCCCCCACCCUCACCCCCAAAUCUAGCUAUCAAUGCAAUACGAUUGUGCCUGAUAAAAGGCCCAGAAGCCUGAUCUUUGGGCAUCAGAAAACAGGGUCCAGGAAUGGUGCUUGAUCAUGUGACAUACUCCAUUCCACAUCUCAACAUCCCAAGGAUGAGCCAAACAAGCAAAGAGUUAGCACUGAACUGCUUUUAAGUGUGUAUAUAUACAUAAUGUUAAAAAUGAAAGUUUACCAGGAGGAACAAAGAUUGGUGGUGGUGCUAAAGGCCCUGGGCUAUAUGGGAGCCUUAGGCUGAAUGUAUCUCACCUGAAAACUGCCUGACAUUUAGAUAAACUUGCCUGUCAUCUCUGCUGGGGAGAAGAAAGGUUUUGGUCAUCUACCAGGAAGAUUAAACCCCCAACAUGCUCAGAAAAGAAGUGAGGUCUUGAGUACUUGACCGUGUAUGCUCCUGAAUUCCUCUCAAACUCCGCUCUGAAUCUAAGUCGGCCUCCUCACUUGGCUUUUUCUUCAAGGUGAUGCAAGUCACCUCUUCCACCUUCCUUCUCACUGGUUAAGUUUUUCAAGGUAGCAACUGAAGCAGAGUCUGAACUUUCAUAGGCCCCUCUGAAAUAAGCAACCCUGUUCUCCUCAAGUGGGGAAAAAAUGAUUAGGAGCCUCUGAGCAAAUUAGCUACAAUCUUGGAAAUGCUUGUACUGAUUCCUUAGCAGCUGGGUAACGUGCAUGACUUUCAGGCUACAGUUCUUGACAAUCAUGUCCAGUGAAAACCUUUUCAUUGUUCCCUAAGUGAAGCCUCAAAUCCAAGCUGGUCAUCUUUGAAACUAUUCUCUUCAGUGGCUUCUCCAGGGAGUUCUUCCAGCCAAGUUGUGGACAGUCAUAAUUGCAUUUGCUUCUUUCCAGAAACCAUACUCAGAGAUGGAAUUGGUUCCUAAAUCCUAAGGUUCUUGCUUUCUCUCUCACAUCCCUGAAGUCCUUUGAUUUCUCUCUGCCUUUGCGGGGGGGGGGGGGGGG